AUGGAAUUGGAGGAGUCGUGUUCUAGUUUCAAGGACUUCGACGAUGAUGAAAGCGACCUCUUUAAAUCUCUGAUAGACGAGGAUACAGAUCAUUUGAGUAGGAAUUAAUGUACAAUUCAAAUUGGAAAUAAUUUGCAGAGAAGUGUGGUUUAAGAUAGUUCCUACUUGGUUAGGGGGAGUGAUAAAUCAGGAGAAUCUGAGCAAUCACUUAUUUUUGAAUAUCCCCAAAUAAUAUAGAAACCUAAUAAUAGGCAACCCCACAAUCGGUUCGAUGUGAUUCUGCAACGAACCAGACCGAAGAGGAAGUUGGAGAAAUAGAAAUUUAAUUUGGAUACAUCAGCUAUUCUGAUAUAGUUGUUGAAUUAAAAAAGAAUGUAUAGAUUGGCAUUCAAUUUCUAUAUAUUCUUGAACAUCGUGCUUCGAGUCAUGUGCUUUGGAAUCACAUUUUUACAAUGUAUAGUUUACAGUUUGGACAACAGAUGGUCUUGUUGGGGAUCAUUUGGUGGUUUUUGUUUGACAAGGAUAUUGUUUGGUUUAUCAAUUUAUAAGUUAUUAAAUAUUGGGGAAGAAACAAAAGAUAAGUCUAUAAAGAUGGUUUAUGAGACUUAUUUGAAGUGGUUUGAGGACAUUCAAGUGAAGAUUAGAGUAUUGGAAAGGGAGACUAAUUCUCUGAUCAGAAGGAAUCAAGCUGAUGAAGAUCAAUUUCAUAAGUAAACCAAAGAAAUCAAUCGACUAUAAAAGAGGUUAUUGUUUUUAAAAACCCAUUAAAUAUUUAUACCACCUGAACUGUCAUUUUUAUAUUUUAGGAAAUAGAGCAAUGGAUUCUUUUAGGUCCAGAACUUUAUUAUGAAGAGUAUUGAAUUGUUCUACUUCAUGCCAGCUUUUCUCUAUUUCAUCACUGUAUUUAAUGUCAGUGAUGUCGAAAGGAUUGUUAUCUUGGAUUUCACAGAACAUCAAAUAUAACACAUUUUUAGUAUUCUAGUUGUACUAGACAUUUUUAUAUUCCUCCUUAUAUCUCUGGGCUUACUUUACUUGGGAAAUAAAAAACAGAAAGUCAAACCUCUUUGA